CAUGUUCCAAGAUACCAGGACCCUGCCUGAGGGCCGAUAAAAGCUAUGCGAGCGCCGCAGUAGUCCAGGGAUAUCCACUUCCGGUCGAUAGCCGACGAUCACGUGAAUGACUUCCAAUGAGACGUCUUGGCGGAGACCGCGGGCGCAUCUGGUGAAGUCUGUUUGUUGCUGUGCUCUAAAUGUGGUUCCAUCUGCUUUCUCUUUCUCUUUCAUCCCUGCCUCACACCUCUACCUUUCGCCAACAUUGACUCAAAUUCCGUGCUCGCAAAAAUGUCGGCAAAUGGUGAAACUGUGCCUGCGAGCACCAGUGAGGUAGUCGACAAAGGAAAGGGCAAAGGCAAAGCAGUUGAGCAGCCAGAGAUCCCGGAGGACGACGACGAGUCUGAAGAAGAGAGUGCCGCCGAAGAGCAACCAGAGCCAGAAGAAGACGAAGAUGAGGGUAUGGAAGAUAUCGACCUAGACAACGUCAUUCAAUCCCGCACCCGUCGCAAGAACAUCAACUGGGCUGAGGCCGAGCAGAAGUCAAGAGAUGCUGGUGACGAACUUGAUGAUGAUGAGGAUGAAGACGACGACGAUUUCGAGGCCGAGGAUGACGAUGAGGAAAUGCAGGGUUGAGAUCGUAACCGACGCGCCGCUGUUCUCAAAGACCAAAAAUCCACACUGAGCGCAGCUGUUGAAUCAUGCCUGCCCCUCGAUCCUUCGCUUUGGAUUGAGA